AUGCCACCACCCAUUCGCCAGUGCACCGCCCAUGCCACUCUCCACCUAUGUAUACCAUGUCUAGUGGGCGAGGGUUUCUCCUCCAAUCCACAUAUUAGCGUCUGGGUUCCCUCGUCAGCUUCCUUACGCGACCCCGUCGCCAGAUGCUCGAGUGACUCAAGCUACUGUCUAAGGCCUGUAUCCGAGCUCACAGCGUCAACUGUGUCAGAUACUCCGAGCGAGAAUGGUGCCGUUGAAAAGAUCGUCCCAUGGUUCAAGCCCCUCUUUCGACAAACGUGGGAUGUUACAAAUUUCUUGCCCAGCGUCAAGGUAUGUAUGUGUGUAGGUACUACUAUAUAUGUAUGGUGCAAAGGUGGAUUGUGGCUUUACAUGACGCUUGCAUUUAGACUGGCCGGCCUGAAGUCUUCGGAACACCUUCCUGCGUCGCGCAGUGGUGACCUCAAUAUCCAUGGAUGCAAGGCAUCGAGAACUCAUGCUUGGAGAUUCUCGAUCUCGGGCCUUUUCUCGGUCUUGGAAAGCGGAGACCCCCACGCCGUAGGGACCAAGACCGGCGAGACCAAGACCUCAAUCCUCAUCCUGUGA